AUGUCGUCGUGUCCCAACGAGGCCAAAGACCUUAAGGUCUCCCCAGCCGAGGGACCAAGCGAAGAUAUCGGAAUUGCAACCUCCACAGACCUCAAGUCAGGCGAAGAUGUCCACGAAGUCUUCAAACAAGGAGAGGGGCAGGUGGACUUCCGCACCGUCAGCUGGAUCCGGGCUUCAGCAAUCUUCCUCAAGAUGCUAUUCGCAACCGGCAUCCUCUCCAUCCCCUCAGUCAUGUACGACCUGGGAGCCUUCCCCGGUGCCAUCAACCUAGUAGGCUGGUGCGCGUUGAACGCCUACGGCGCCAUAGUUCUGGGCAACUUCCGCACUCUCCACCCCCAAUGCCACUCCGUCGCCGACAUGGCCCAGCUCACAGGCGGGCCCAUCUUCCGCGAACUCGUCGGCUUCAUGUUCAUCGUGACCUACGUGAUCACCGCCUCGUCCGGGAUAAUCGGCGUCUCGGCAGCCUUCAACGCCCUGUCGCUGCACGCCACAUGCACCGUAUGGUGGUCACUGACUUCUACCGUGGUCAUCGCCGGAUGCGCAAGCGUCCGCAAAUUCUCCCACAUUGGCUGGCUCACCUGGGUCGGGUUCUUCAGUAUCUUGGCCGCGGUAUUCAUCGUCGUAAUCGGCGUAACAACCCGCACCCGCCCCGCCAUCGCCCCCCAAACCGGGCCCUACACACUAGGCUACCACGCGAUCGGCCACCCAACCUUCGCAGCAGGGAUCACCGCGAGCGCGACGAUCUUCGUCUCCAGCGCAGCCACGUCCGCCUUCCUGCCCGUAAUCUCCGAGAUGCGCAAACCCACAGACUACCCGAAAGCCGUGUACCUCUGCCUCUCCUUCGUGACGGCCUCCUACCUCGCCUUCAGCCUAGUGAUCUACCGCUGGUGCGGUCAAUGGAUCGCGUCCCCCGCGCUCGGCAGCGCCGGCCCAACCGUCAAACGCAUCGCCUACGGCAUCGCCCUCCCCGGGCUAAUCGUCAGCGGGUCUCUCUACGUGCACGUCGCCGCGAAGUACCUCUUCGUGCGGAUCCUGCGACACUCGCGACAUCUGCAGGCGAACACGCCCGUCCACUGGGGUACCUGGCUAGCGUGCGUAUUCGGGUUGGCGGCCGUGUCGUUUAUCUUGGCGUGUGCGAUUCCAAUCUUCACGUACGUGUUGGCGUUGGUGGGGAGCUUGUGUUUUGCGCCCCUGGCGAUCAGUUUCCCGGCUUGGUUGUGGGUGUAUAGUCAUGGGCAUUAUUGGGGGGCCGGGGUGGGUGUGAUGAGGAGGCUGGUGUUUGGGUUGCAUGUUUUGAUGAUUGGAUUGGGGGUUUUCAUGAUGGUUGGGGGGACGUAUGGAGUUCUUGUGCAGAUUAUGGAGGCGUAUAGCAGUGGGGAGGUGGAUGGGGUGUUUUCCUGUGCGGAUAAUAGUGGGUCGAAUUAG